CUCGUGCUCCUUCGGCGCCUUCCCCGCCCCGGGCCUUCCAGCGCGGUCCUCCCGGGCCUCACUCCCCCCCCAGCCCCUGCGCGGGGCCCGAGUGAGUGGUUCCGGAACCCGGGCGUGGGCGGGGGCGCGCACGAAGACGCUGCCGGCCGGCCCGCCUCAGCCUUGUCGGCUCUGCCUCGGGAGCUUCAGCUGCCCUAGGGUACGCAGGUUUGCUUCUGCGGGUCGGCGGGCGGCGCUGCGGGGAGGAGGAGCGCUGGGAACAGGGUCAAUGCGGCCAGCCCCCAGUCUCCGUCCGCGGAGGCCGUCCUCGCCCUUGGGAAUCCUUGGCGGCCCAGACAGAAGGGAAGUCGGCGCCGGAGAGCCCGUUCUGCAUCUUGAUUCAUCUCGGGCCCUAUAAGAAUCCCAAAAUAAUCAAUUGGCAUCUGGGAGUUUCUGCUCACCUGGAGACGGGAUGGAAAUACUUCAGCAAGUGUGCAGUAAGCAGCUUCUACCUUGUAACCUGAGUGAAGAAGACCUGUUACAGAACCCAUACUUCAGCAAGCUGCUCCUGAGCCUCUCACAGCAUGUGGAUGAGAGUGGCUUAAGCCUGGCCUUGGCAAAGGAGCAGGCUCAGGCAUGGAAGGAAGUUCGACUGCAUAAGGCAACAUGGUUGAGGUUUGAGAUUUUACAGCGAGUCAUUCAAGAGCUGCUUGUGGAAUACUAUGUAAAGGCACAAGACAUACAUUUAACUCCUGAGGACAAAAAGUUUCAUGAGACUCUUGAACAGCGACUGCUUGUGACUGAACUGACACAGCUCUUAGGUCCUAGCCAGGAGAGCGAGAUACCUCCACUGCUAGGGCUGGUGAAAGCAGACCUUCUGGAACUCAUGCCAUCCUCAGAGGAUUUUGUGUGGAUGAGAGCUCGGCUCCAGCUAGAAGUGGAGGAACAGCUCAAGAAGAAAUGUUUUACUCUGCUUUGCUACCAUGAUCCCAGUUCAGAUGCCGACAAUGAAACCCUGAAGGCAGCAAAGGUGUGGAAACUGUCAGAAGUCCUGGUGGGGGAGAAGCAGCAGUGCCAGGAUGCCAAGAACCAGCAGAAGGAGCAGAUGGUGCUGCUGGAGAAAAUGAGUGCCACCUACUCCCAGGUGCUUCUCCGCUGCCUCACCUUGCUGCAGAGGCUUCUUCGGGAGCACCGCCUAAAGACUCAGUCUGAGUUAGACCGCAUCAACGCCAAGUACCUGGAAAUCAAGUGCAGUGCCAUGAUCCUUAAGCUGAGGAUGGAGGAGCUCACGAUUUUAUCUGACACUUACACUGCCAAGAAAGUGGAAGUUCAUCGACUCAUUAGGGACCGUUUGGAGGGAGCCAUUCUCCAACAAGAGCAGGACUUGGAGAAGUCAAGACAGGUCCUGAACAACUAUGAGGUCCUUGGGGAGGAGUUUGAUGGGCUGGUGAAAGAGUACACCAAACUCAAGCAGGCAACUGAGAACAAACGCUGGGCCCUCCAGGAAUUCAACAAGGCCUACCACUGAGCACUGGUAGGGCCAGGAAGAAUGACUUCUGCACAGCCUUUGCCUUCUCCUCCUCCUCCUCCUCCUCCUCUUCCUGCUAACAGGACCACCUUCACCUGAGACUGCCUGCACUACAAGGGAGUGUGGGGAUACCUGUUUGAAACACUGCAGUCAUUAAGGCACUCUUUUGCGGUUCUCUUUCUUUUAUACACUGGACCUCUUCUGGAAAAUCUAGUAAGCAGAUUUGUGUAAUUUUAUGCGUAGCUCUUUGUCAGUGUCAGCCCUGUGUUGUAUUUGAUUAUCUCCUGAAUAAAGUAAUGAUAUAAUGUCUAA